AUGACAUCUCAACAAGCUAAAAAUGGUGAAAAAAGUACAGAUUCUACGAAUAUUAGUUCUGGUAAUACUGAUCGUUCAACUGGUACAUCAGGUCAAUUAGGAUCUGCUUCGACAGCUGAACCUGAAGGUAGUUCAGCAUUAGGUGAUUCUAAUUUUGCUGGUAUGAGUACUGAAAGUGCUGCAUCAAAUCAGCGACAAAAAACUGAAGAAGGUACAGCAACUGGCUAA